CUCCCUCCGCUGCAGGAGAUGAGCUGCCCGGCAAUCUUUGCUACCGCUGUUUUCUCUCCUUUCCUCCUCCUACCUCCCUUUCCUUUCCUCUCCUCCUCCUCCUCGUCCCGCUGCUUCUGUCUAUCUGUCCAGUCUGGGUAUGUUGACCAACGUGGCCUGAUCGAGCUCCGCAGAUCGUCCCCUUCAUCUUCACCCUGCCUGGACGUUGUUGUCCCACGAGGAUCGGAGCCGUCCUGGUCUGAUCUGGCUUCAAGGUUCUGCUUUGUACACCCUCUUCUCCAGCCUUAAAAAUUGUUGAGAGGUCUCUGAAACCAUGGCUGUGGCCGGAUGUCCAGAUUACUUCCUGCAUCAUCCGAAAUAUCAGCAGGACAACAUAGACCGCUCAUCCAAUCACCGACAGGCUGACCUCAUUCGUCCAAGCUUUCAGCCAUCAACCAAUCAGAAUUCUCCAAACCAUCACGAUGAUGACGUCGACUUGGAGGCCUUGGUGAAUGAUAUGAACUCUUCGCUGGAGAGUCUGUACUCCACCUGCAGCAGCCAGCAGACAGAGAUAACCCCGCUCCUGCAUAACGGACAGAAUGCUUGUUCACAACAUCAUCCCCACCAUCAUCAUCAUAAUCAUCAUCACACACAACACAGCCAGCCAAGGCAUCACCACGCCUCCCCAGAGCCUCCAUCGUCCUCUUCUGCGAAUGUGGACGCCCCUCAGACUAAGCUCAGGCGCUCGCAGCCCAUGCACAUCCUUGCUGUCAGGAAGUUGCAGGAGGAGGAGCAGCAGUUCAGGACGUCGUCUCUCCCAGCCAUUCCCAACCCUUUCCCUGAGCUUUGCAGUCCUGCAAGUUCCCCGGUCCUCAGUCCUGGGUCACUACCUCCUGGAGAAUCUUCUUCAGAAAAACAUAUUGUGAAGAUCUUUAGCGAGGAAGGCAUGUGCAAAGUGGUGGAGAUCCCAGCCGACAUGACGGUCAGGCAUCUGUGCCAGUUCCUGGUGUAUAAAGGCCACUGUGUGUAUGACAGCAGUUGGGCACUUGUUGAACAACACCCACUGCUAGGACUAGAGCGUUGUCUAGAAGAGCAUGAGCGGGUGAUUCAGGUCCAGGCCUCCAUGAGUAGCGACAGCAGAUUCCUCUUCAGGAAGAACUAUGCCAAAUAUGAAUUCUUCAGAAACCCUCUGACAUUUUUUCCGGACCACAUGGUUGCAUGGUGCCAGGAAAACGAUCAUAAAAUUCCACCAUCUCAACUCCUGCAGAACUUCCUUUCGCCCACCACCUGCCCAGAAAUCCAGGGGUUUUUGUACAUGAAAGAUGUGGGCAGGAAGUCUUGGAAAAAGGUUUUCAUGUUCCUGCGCCGUUCAGGUUUCUACUGCACUACAAGAGGAACCUCAAGGGACCCCAGAUAUUUACAGUUGCUAGCAGACCUGGGGGAGAACAACAUCUUCACUGUCACCACAGGAAAAAAGCAACAUGGUGCACCCACAGACUACACCUUCAGUUUCAAACUUAAUAAAGCCAUAGGAGAAACUAAGGAGCUUAGGAUUCUGUGUGCAGAGGACGAACAAACCAGGGCCUGUUGGAUGAAUGCUUUCAGAAUCUUUAAGCAUGGGAUCAUAUUGUACCAGAACUAUAUGCAAAGAAAAGACUUGCUUUCACACUUUCAAGCCCCUGUGAGGAGUGUAUCGGAAAACUCCCUCGUGGCAAUGGAUUUCUCAGGGAGGAUAGGUCGGGUGAUUGACAACCCAAUCGAGGCUCAGAGUGCUGCCUUGGAGGAGGGACAUAUGUGGAGGAAGAGAAAUCGAGUGAAUGCUUUAGGUUCCCACAGCCCCUUACACCAAUCUUCACUUAACUCAGUUAUCCACAUAGCUCAGCUGUGGUUCUAUGGCAGGAUAACCAGAGAGGAAUCCCAUCGUAUCAUCCACCAGCAGGGACAAGUAGAUGGGUUGUUUCUGCUGAGAGUCAGUCAGAGUAACCCGAAGGCCUUUGUCCUCACUUUGUGCCAUCAUCAGAAAAUCAAACAUUUUCAGAUCCUACCGUGUGAAGAGGACGGCCAGGUCUUCUUCAGCCUCGAUGACGGCGAAACCAAAUUCACAGACCUGAUUCAGCUGGUGGAGUUCUACCAGCUCAACAGGGGCGUCCUGCCUUGUAAACUCAAACAUCCGUGCACCGUCGUGGCCUUAUGACAUCUUCGGACCAUGUGACCGUCUGAAACUUGACCUGACUGCCUGAAAACUAACAGACAAAGCGGAGAGGAUCGCUGUUCUCUCUGUCGUUUGUUCUUACCUUUCCAAGAAGCUGGUGAAUUGAUUGAUGUUUUGCUGUUGUCGUUUUCUAUUGUGAGUCUUGCUGGACGUUGCUGACUGGCUGGAUUUUUUUUUUUUGUGGAAGCCAAUGCACGACUUGCUCAUGGGGUUCCACUUUAAAAAAAAAAAAAGAAAAACAAACAAAGACAAAAGAAAUGAACACUGCCAUUUUGUGUCGUCACUGUUGCAAAAACGCUUCAUCAGAUGCCGGCAAUAUUCAUCAAUAAGCUUGGGCCUCAAGGGUUAUCUCUCAAGAAUCGACUUGAUUUCUCUUAAACUGGACAAUCAGCAGGACAGUUGAAGCUACCGUGUGGUCUAUUUGGUUUCCUUCUAACUAACUGCAGUGUCAUGUAAGCUGUUGAUGGCACAUUUUCAAAAUGUAUGUCACGAAUGGAGACUAUGUUCCGUUGACUAUGUUACUCAACUAGACAUGGUGCCACCAAACCGUGUCAUUUUUGGCAUGAAUGGGCAUGCCCAAAUUUUACAGUGAAUUAGAUCUGAAGGCACCUGGCAGUCCUCCGUGAAAUUCUUUCCAAUCUUUGAAAUGAUACGUUUGUCAAAUCUGCACUGUCCUUUCUUUUAGACAUUUCCUCAACAGUUCCUCAAAUAAUUCAGUUUUUGCAUCUUUUUUCCCUAACAUCUGAAUGUUUGCAGCUCUAUAUAGGUCACAUUAGCCACGGCAGAUCACUUGGUGCUCAGCAUUCUGGGUUGUCACACCAUCGCCAAGAUUUCUGCUUCGAAAUAUCCACAAAACAGUCCAAUGUUUUCCUAAUUUUGCCAUUCAGUCAUUAGCAGCUAAGUCAGAGCAGAUAUACUAGACAGACAGCUGAUUGUAUUGUUCAGGUUUUUUAAUUCAGGUAUGGUUAAAAAAAAAAAGCUUGGGACUGAGACUAUAUUAUUGCAUUCAUAUAAAUAUUCCCAUUUUAAUAAACUGGCCCAUUUUAAAGAGGUGAUUCAACUUGGAAUCAUUCAGCUUUGGAUAACUUCUGCCUUUCAUAAAACAGUUUUCCACAAACAUCUGUAUGGCCCAUUUCACAUUGGACUAAGAGUCCAAUGCAAUUCUAAAAAUUUGUCUUUGCACGUUCUUGGAAAUGUCUGCAGUGAGCAUCCAUAAGGCAUGUAAUAGAGUGUGAAAUUUAGCUCAUUUGUUUUGAAAAGAACUUAAGUGUUCACAUUGUGGUGGCUCAUAAAGUAAGUGGUUCAUAAACUGCAGGGUACUACCUGGAAGGUACAAAGUUGUCUCCUCUUCCAAAGCUGUUCUGACGCUGAUGGUAGAGAUGGAAAAAUCUCUCCCAGACACAGAAAGAAACUUGGUGAUGUGGAAACAACCUCAUAAUGUCGAUGUUGUAAUUUGUUGAGUACUGCGAAAAAGAGAAGCAUCCUCAUUGCCUUCAGCAUGGAGAUCCUUUAUCAAAUGAUUUGAAUGACAAGUCAUUGAGAUCCUGGAGACUGUAAUGCAUUCUUAAUCCAGUGUGAUGUGGGCAUUGUCACAUGACAGGAAACACAAUCCAGAAUGCUGCAGAUUGCGUGAAAAACAUUAAACCCAGAUUGUGCUGCAACUUUGACAUUUGUUCCAUAACCUCUCACCUGAAAAGGACAUGCCUGGAAAUUCAGCAUAAUGUUCUCUGUAAUUUAAUAAGUGUGGCCUUUUUCCCUCCUAGCUUACUUCUACACAGACAAUAUUAAAUGCCACCUCUGCCGUCUUCUUCUAAUUUUAAAUGGCAAAACUCUAUACAAGCUGCUGGUAUCAUGUAAAUUAUAUUUGUAAAAAACAGAAGCACAUUUGAAAUGCAUUUAAAACAAAGGAUGUCGACCCUUUCUGCAUCCUUCUCGUUACACAUUAUGUAGCUUGCUACUGAAUGUUGCAAGUAGGAAAUGGAUUGAUUGCGAUACAUUUAGUGGCUAUGUUAGUUCUUUAAGCAAUGUCUGUUCAUUUGUCUUUCUCUGUCACCAGAACAGUUGUUGGAAAUGUUGGCUUAAAAUGUUUCUUACUUGAUUCCCUUUUGUGAUUGACUAAGACCCUGUUUCUGUAAUUAACAAGAGCUAAAAUAGUUUUAUUGUUAGAGUUGGAUUUUUACUUUAUAUCAACAGAAAACCUAUUGAAAAGCAAAAUCUAUUUAACCCUAAACUCGACUUGUAAGCUUGAAGUCCUUUUUGUUUAUUACUUCCUUUUUGUCACUUCUCACAAGUUGCUGCCAAUAUUUAGAGUAUCCUGCUGUGAAAUGUCUCAUAAAUAGUCUUUUUUCUUUUCUUUUUUUUAUCAUUUGUACUCUUGAGCUUUUAGAUUUUUCUUUUUGUUGUUUUUAGUUCAGGGCAUUUUGGGUAGCCUUGUUUAGCUAAACAGCCAGCAGAUUUUUAGAUAUAUGUACUUUUGUACAUCAACAGCCAUCUUUUAUUGACCUGCAGGUUGUUAAAGGAUUUCUGUCUGUCCUGAAAUGCAGAAUAGCAGUAUGACCAGAGAUGCAGAAUAGCAGCGCUAUGUUGUCUCUCUGUGCAAGGGCAUCAUAAUUUAUCUAAGAUGCAAUGACAUUUUUUUAUUUUAUUGUCUGUUUUUUUUUUUUUUUUUUUAUUGAUGCAGCAGUGUGUAUUUAUUUAUCUGGAUGUGUCUGAUUACUUGAAAGAUUUAGACUGUUUUUGUUCUGUCUUAGCGCUGUCUCUGCUGUUUUUCGCUUGUCAUUACCAUGAAAUAAUUGUGACUAUUAUAUUUGUAAUGACAUUACCUGAAUUUAUGUUUUCCUUUUUGUUUUAAAUAUUCCCCAAAAAACAUUGAGAUUCACUAAUUUCAAUUUUGUGGCCAAUUUCCUCUCCUACUUUUGUACAAAUGCUUUGACCCUCACAUACGGAGGUUAGCCUAUUCUCGCUUCUCUUUGAGAACUAACAAAAUAAGAAGAUAAAAAAAAAGCCAUUUAGAUCACUUUGUUCAAGCCUCCCUGUUGAGCAUUCAGUUAUUGUUUAUCUAAGGAGCAGUUCCAAGGUCAUGCUUCUCACCGUAAAACUGUUUUGCUGGUAUUUUCUAACAAAGGCAAAAUGAUUAAGAAUUUCACAUUUUAAGCUUGCUUUAAAAACUGCUAUCAGUGACUAGCAUAAUUAGAUUAACUAAAAAGGCAGCAAUAUUUAAAACAAACGCAAAAUAAUGAUGGGGUUCACAUUUUAAGUUGGUUUUAGCAACGUAUGCUAGCAAUGUGUGCUUUUUUUUCUUGGCAUAACUUAAAAACAAUCAGUAUUUUCUAGAGAAUGUAGAAUUCCAAAGGGACUUCCAGCGUUUCCAAAUCCAGCAUGUUCUUUGAAUGACAGAGGUUAAGAGCUAAAAGAGAUUAACAUUGCUGUACUUUGUUUAGCUCAUCUGUUAUUUGCUGAAAGUCUUGCUCUCGCUCACCCUCUUGCAGCGUAAUUUAACCACAGGCCUGUCUCAUCAUGUCUUUGAAAACUCAGUUCCUUUCUAAAAUGCUUUCACCUGUGUCCUUCCUUUGAAUUUACCUUAAACACCUUACUGAUACUAAAAAUUGAUAAGACAUAGUCUCCUACCCUCAGUUACUGUCUCCAACCCGAAGAGUAUUACUUUCAGUGAACCAGGUACCGCUUAGCUUGGUGCAGACAGUGAGUUAGAAAAUAAAGCUCUGGUCAACAGAUUAUGAUUUCUCAUUUCAUAUGCAUUCAAAUGAUAAGUAUCACAAAGUUAUGGUUAAAGCACACUGACAAUAAUAAUGUCAAUUUUAACCUUGAGAAUGAACAGCAAGAUGAAUGUUGUAAAAAUAAAAACACAAAAGAGGAAAGAAAAAAUAGGGUUUCUUACUGAAAAUACCAAUAAAUAGGCAUAUUCAGUAACCUCUUUUCUGAAGCUGCCCUAACUCUCCAAGUCUGUGAAAUAUGUAACUUAAGAAAACCACUAGGUGUCACACUAGAGCAGCAGUUUACAUCUAAAACAUAGAACGUCAAAACAAAUACCUUAUUCAAAACCAGUGUCAGAAAACUCAGUCUGCAUAGAUAAUGGGCAUAAACUGGCCUUAUUAGACACAGGAAAAGGAAGCAUCUUUCUAUUGGAUCCUUUUUACCUGAAAGUUCCUUAGCCAGUGGAAACACAGCACAGGCAGCCUUAACAAACUUAGAAAACAAGCAUUGAAAGCAUGUAAGAGCAGACAGUAUCUGGGUUAAAAAACAAACAACAAAAAAAUCUGUUGAUGGUUGUAAAGCUGAUUGUUGCUCCAUACAGAUUCACUAUAAAACUUUUAAGACAAUUUCAGUUCAAACCAACAGCUCCCCUUUUUUUUCUGAGAAAUGUAUUUAUUAAGCAAACUGCAAUAUUUAUUUGAUUCUGUUUUAUCAUUUACUUAAAUGUGGAUUUGAGUUGAAAUUGGGGAAAUUUGGGUCAUGUCUAUGGUGAUAUCACAAUAAAACAAGUGGAUUGCUCUGCA